GGCUGACGCUGAUCUCCCGUUGUUUUCGAGACGUUCUUCACCGCUCCGACCGCCCCGCCGCGUUCUCCACCACAGCGAAGGGAGCGAAGGAGAGUUUUUAGCAACAAUGCCGCUGCCUAUGCAGGCUGUUAUAUAUCAGAGUGCUGUGGAACCAAUGCAAGUAGAUGCUCCACCUGAAGACAAUGAUAAUAAUGAGGAAGAACCAUAUAUUGUGGAGAACCCAAGUUUGGAUUUGGAGGCUUAUGGAAACAGUUAUACAGGAUUAGCUCGACUGUACAGGCUCAUGUAUAUAGCAGAUCAUUGCACUUCGUUACGACUAGAAUCAUUGAAAAUGGCUAUCCAGUAUGUUAUGUCGACAUACAAUGUUGCUUUAUAUCAACAAUUACACAAGAAAUUGCAAGAAACAGCAAGUGCUGCCAGUUUGCCAGAUGUUGCUGGUGGUGGUGCCCAGUCUACAUCACAGGAUGUGCCAGCUCUAGAUCUACUCUGGGUGGAAACCAGAUCGAAAAAAGCUGCUCUAAAACUUGAGAAAUUAGAUACAGAUCUGAAAAAUUACAAAUCUAACUCUAUAAAAGAAAGCAUUAGACGUGGCCAUGAUGACCUAGGAGAUCAUUACCUUGACUGUGGAGAUCUUUCAAAUGCAUUGAAAUGCUAUUCCAGAGCAAGAGAUUAUUGCACUAGUGGAAAACAUGUGGUGAACAUGUGUCUUAAUGUCAUUAAGGUCAGCGUUUAUCUUCAAAACUGGUCACAUGUUUUAAGUUAUGUCAGUAAAGCUGAAGCUACUCCAGAUUUUUCUGAGGUUCAUGGAAAGGACAGCAAUCAGUCAAUUUUAACUAGAUUAAAGUGUGCAGCUGGGCUGGCAGAACUUGCAACAAAAAAGUACAAAUCUGCUGCCAAACAUUUUUUAGUCGCCAAUUUUGAUCAUUGUGACUUCCCAGAAUUGUUGUCACCUAGCAAUGUGGCAAUGUAUGGUGGAUUGUGUGCUCUUGCUACCUUUGAUCGACAUGAAUUGCAGAAAAAUGUUAUAUUUAGCAGUUCAUUUAAAUUGUUCCUUGAGCUAGAGCCUCAGUUGAGAGAUAUUAUAUUUAAGUUUUAUGAAUCAAAAUAUGCAUCUUGUUUAACACUACUAGAUGAUAUCAAAGAUAACCUGUUGCUGGAUAUGUAUAUUGCUCCUCAUGUGAAUGCUCUUUACACACAAAUUAGAAACAGAGCAUUGAUUCAAUACUUCAGUCCUUAUUUAUCAGCUGAUAUGCGUAAGAUGGCAGCUGCAUUUAAUACCACUGUGUUGGCUCUAGAAGAUGAACUAAUGCAGUUAAUAUUAGAUGGUCAAAUACAAGCUCGAAUUGACUCUCACAACAAAAUUUUGUAUGCCAAGGAAGUAGAUCAACGCAGUACUACGUUUGAAAAAUCCCUAUCGGUAGGAAAGGAAUACCAGCGAAGAACCCGAAUGCUUAUUCUCCGAGCUGCCAUGUUGAAGCACCAAAUACAUGUGAAAAAAGGACUUCCAUCAUCAUCACACUCUGCAUGAGCCGCAUUUCCACAACUCGUGCCCUAGUACCAAUUCUCACUUGCCUUAUCGGUGUGAAAACAGAGGAGAUACUUUCUCUUCCAAACUGCAGUCACCUGCUUCAUCAUGGAGAGAUCAUGGAGCAUCAUAACUGGAAAAGUCACCAUCCAAGACAACCACUUCUUCCUCUUCAUUUAUUUGAUUUUUAUUUACCAUUUUCUGGCAUUUUCCAAUGAACGUCAUGCCCUAAUUUGUAUUUGUUUAAUUUGUUUGUUGUUUUUUGACGAUUUUGAACUGAACAAUAUUGAUGAGGUAUAUCUGAGCUAUGUAAGGUUUAUCUGAACUGAAUGAAAGGAACUUGAUAGGGACUGCAAGACUUAUAUUUUUAAAGGGCUCAGAUUACCCCACGACUCAUUAACCCGUUCCUACCCUAUUGUGGCACUUGCAUCCAUGAAUGCUUAAUGUUAUUUUAUUUAAUUGGUUACAUGUUAUUGGUGGUUGUGAAUAUAUUUGUUGUUGGUUUCGCUGUGAAGUUUUUGGUUUAAUCUUAAAUGCACCCAAUUGUGCUUCCUCUGUUCCAAUCAUUGUUUCACUGCACUUUUCUAAUUGCAGAGUCCUCAGAGAGACAGUGGACAAGGAGGAGAGAUGUCUGUUGCUCCUGGCAAUAGCUCCUUGGCAGCAAGAAAUUGAGAGCAAUGUGCAGGACAUUUGCAUUUGGAAAGAAAGAUAUAGCAGGAGGGAAUUCCUGGGAUGAGUGAGGUUUAUGUUUGGUCAACCUGAUUUGUCCAUGUGAUAAAGACUGUCAGCAUCUAAUAGACGCCAGACACAAGAGUGGUAUACAGUUGAAGCAAGUUAGUUUUUGUAUAGACUUAAGAGUACUGCUGCUUCAGAAGUAAAGCUGGCAUUGAGAGAUGCAGAGUUACUAUUGUGCGAGUUGUGUGGUUCAUCCGGAUUCUAGCCAAGAACAGCACUUGACUGAUUGGCUUGAUGAGCAACUCUUUCCCGGAAAAAAAUCUUGAAUUGUCAACUCUAUUUGCAGUAAAUUUUGUAAUGCUGUCUUGUGUUCUAAAUCAUUCACACAUUGCUCCUUAUUUCUUUUGGGCCAUAAGAUUUGGUAUUUAUGUGAAUGCUUUAUAAAAGAUAUUAAAAUACUUCAUAAUUUUAAAGUGUUUGUGCUUUUCUUAAUACGUGUUAAGUUUUGCGACUUUUUAAAUAAAGUAAAUAUCAUGCGAUCUGUAAAUUUUUUCUAGAAAAUUGCCAACAUAUAUACCAGCAUGGAAAAAUAUGAAAUUUGUUUUUUAUCAUGCUGAUAUUUUUUGUAUGUAAAAAGGUUGUGUUAACCCAGUGUUUAAAUUGUUGUGAGCAAAUAAAAUCAUUGCUAAUUCAAAAAACAAUAGCAAUGUUUGUCAAAUUUAGAGUUUUGAAAUUGGUUUUGUGUUUUACCUGAAUUUUCUCUUUUCUUCUUCUGUAAUUACUUUACUACUCAAUUAAUUCUUUAUCAUUUUCAUCUUGCUACAUGUAAUUGUAGUUUUGAAAGUUGUGUUCAAGAAUCACUUUUUUCAAAACAUGAAGUUUUGUGUGUACAUUACUUCAGUAAUGUAUCAAGCAUUGAUUAAGAAUCUUAAAAAUAUAGAUCCAACUUCUUAAAAAUGUUUGUUAUUGAGUAAGACUGAAGGACAGUUAAACGAAUGUUCAUAAGUUUUGCAUUACUUUGUAAGAAUUGUAUUGCAAAAGUACUAACAUUAAUGUUCAUAGUCAAGAGUAAGAAGCUUUAUUUUAUUCUGAGGCUAUAAUGUGAAUACUUAUUAAUGUAACUCCACAGGAAUGUGAAUGCAUUUGUUUCCAAUUAGAGUAUUUCUAAUUUUAUAUCUAUUGAGUUUAAUAUGUUCCACUGGAGGUUAUCUUAAAAUUAAAGUGGUGUUUCUUCUCUGUAAUCCCUCGCUCUGUUUGGUUUUAUCUUUCUUCACAUACCUAAUCAAGAGUAAAUUUUUAUUUAUUCAAAGCAAUUACUUCAUUUUUGUGGUGUGAAUUGUUUUGACGAUCGAAGUAUUAGAGCUUGGCAAUGUGUGAGAUUAUUUUCAGUACUGUUAAAAAUUAUUUUGUUUAAAUGAUAUUAUAAAAACAACACUGUACUUGACAGUGUGCAUUUAAAUGUGUAUCAUCAUACACCUAACAUUUGGAUGUUUUAUUCACUUUUGCCAGUAUUCUCACAGGAAAUUGACAUACUCCCAGCAGCCACCCUUUCAUGCUCAGCGAGUUAAAAUUGAAGUCUGUAAAAUUCAUGAUUUGUAUAAAUUAAUUUGUGUCUCCAAUUGGAGUAUGAUUGUGAAUUGUGAAAAGAAUAUAUUGUGCAAAAAUAAAUAAAUUUCGU